AUGGAGAAUGUCGUGGAUUUCAAAGUCGUGUGGCCGCUACUGCGCAAGGAAGGGUGGACAUGGAAACCAGCAAAAGGGUUACAGAUUCAUGCAAACUAUUUGAAGCCUGGCUGCAAGCUUCGGGGAGGCAAGCACGAGGUGGACUACUUCAACAGCGAAGACGCGUUGCUUGUGCACGUAAAAGCGGAUAAAGACCUCUGCACCCGCCUCCAUCUCACCAACAUCAUGGUGCGCCCCAAUGCAGUCCCACUCGAGCCAUUACCAACUUCGGUCUCGAGUGUCCCAAGUACCUCGGGCAAGAGACAAGAGCCUACAGUCGGGAAACAGCCACCGAAGAAGCUUGCAAAGACGGUAGGGUCUCGCAAGUCUGAAGACAAAAAGAGCGAAAAGAAGCAAACGCCCAACACGAAGAAAACGAAGAAGCAAGAAGCAAAAGAAGCCACAGAGAGACGCCGCCAGUUGUCGUCGUUCGCAAACAUCUGGGGUGCUGCUAAUGCUCAAGACAGGGACGGUCGAGAGGUAGAGGCUCCAGAUCAACCUCCAGUCCAACAAGAACCCCACAUUAAUGCUGACACGGAAGAUAAUGCUGACGAAAACAGUCCGCCGCCUGCUGACAUGGAAGAUUGUGCUGACAUCCACGACGACGUAGAGAGUCGCUCCGGUGAUGGAUCGGAAAGUGAAUACGAAGACGACCCAAACGCUGCUGAAUCUGAAGUGGACGAUGAAGAUGAUGAGAAUUCCGUAGCCGAAUGUGAUGAUCGAGAGGAUGAUCAGGGUGGAGAGGACACGCAAGGCGCUUCGCUUCGGCAUCCAGGUGCUGUGGAGACCCAUUUCGAGCCCCUUGGAUUUGCCGACGCAGAGCCAAGUGAUCCCAAUCUCGUCCUCGGUGAUAUCGAGAAAAGCAUUGAGUCGGAUGAAGAGGGCGAAGACUCUGUCGGCGUUGCAGAUAUGCUGGACACAGAUGAUGAAGUAGAGUCCCUUUGUGAAGAAUCUGUUGUCGUCGAAACUAGCCGGAUCGCCGGUUUGUUGAACGAAGUCGAGUUGGAAAGGCUACACAUGGCAGUGGAAGGAUCAUCCGAAGUCUUUGACGACAACCAACUAGCAGAUAUGGCGGCUCGAGGCUGGACCGUGUACCCUGAAAAUGAGGUUGCGGACAUUGUCGACGAUCCGGAAGUUGACAAAGUGUACGAAGGUUACUGUGGACCGUCGAAAGAUGUCUUAGCAUCGGUCAAAUCACCACUUUCCCUGUUCCUCUACUUCCUGCCGAGGGCAUUCUGGAGGCAUGUUGCGCGCGAGACACACCGCUACUGGGAGCAGACGUUUGACGCUCGCCUGAAAAAGGCUCUGGUGAAAGAGACUGAAGUGACCCAUCAGCCACAGAAGAGUAGAGACAAGUUACGCAGAAAGCUAGAGCGCUUUGAGAGGAUUGCGCCCCAUGAAAUUGUUCAAUGGAUUGGUUUAAUAUUGGCACACACGUUGAACCCUCGUAAGAGUUUUGAGAUGCACUGGUCUACAGCGGAAGACGAUCUUAUUCCCGCUGGAACGUUCGCCAAAGUGAUGUCACGAGAUCGGUUUCGAGACAUUACGAGAUUCCUCCAUUUCUCAGACAAUCAGGAAGCUGCAGCAGCUCGUGAUCGUGCUUGGAAAAUCAGGCCAGUCUUGUCAACGGUGGAGAAGACAUUCAAAGAAGGCUAUGUUCUAGGCUGUUCAUGUCAGCUUAUGAAAAAAGUCUAA